AUGGCGUCAAACGACAUUGCUGUUGUGGGAGCGGCUUUCAAGCUGCCCCAAGGAGUGGAAGAUGAGUCCAAACUUUGGGAUGUCCUUAGCAGUGGGCAGAAUCCCAUGACAAACUGGCCCGAGUCUCGAGUGAACAUUGGAUCGUUCUACGAUGAUGAUCCGACCAAGAUCAACAAGCUCCAUUCAAAGGGUGCGCACCUCUUGGACACCGAUCCGGGUGCUUUCGACGCGCCAUUCUUCUCAAUACCGGCUAGAAAGGCUGCCGCCAUGGACCCACAGCAGAGAUUGCCCGUAGGCGGAAUUCCUAUAAGCAAGAUCAAGGGGUCGAAAACUGCCGUAUUCAGUGCUUCUUUCUCAGACGACUAUGCCAGGGUGGUGGGCAAAGACCCGGACAACUUCCCACAGACUGUGGUGACAGGCACAGCACUAUCCAUCCUAGCCAAUAGGGUUAGCUGGUAUUUUGAUCUCCGAGGUCCUAGCGUUCACCUGGAUACAGCUUGCUCGAGUAGUCUGGUAGCAGUCGACCUGGCAUGCCAGUGCCUUGCUUUCGAAUUUGAAUUCCUGUCCCCCGAUAGUCUUUGCUACAGCUUUGACCAUCGAGCUAAUGGAUACGCUAGAGGAGAGGGCGUGGUUGCCAUCGUCUUGAAACCGGUCUUGCAAGCGGUUCAAGAUGGCGACAUCAUCAGAGCUAUAAUCCGAUCAACAGGAUCCAACCAAGAUGGCAAGACAGCAGUCAUCACGCAGCCUAGCCCAGAGGCACAGGAGACUCUGAUUCGGAGCGUGUAUGAUAAGGCGGACCUGGAUUACUCGCUAACCAGGUACUUCGAGGCGCAUGUCGGCGAUCCAAUCGAGAUGAAGACCAUUGGGAGUGUCUUCAGGUCAUCGCGCUCCUCUAGUGAGCCGCUGUUCUUCGGUUCCGUGAAAGCAAAUCUGGGCCACCUGGAAGGGUACAGCGGCUUGGCCGGCAUCGUCAAAUCAUUGAUGGUUCUCGAGAAAGGGAUCAUCCCUCCGAAUGCCUUGUUCGACAAGAUCAACCCAGAAAUGGACACUGAAUACUGGGGCACAAAUGCCCAGUUGGUCAUGGAUGAUGCUUGGCAUUACCUUCAGACACGAAGUCUUGUCGCGCUCUCUCGCAAUACGCUGCCGCUAGGCGCAGGAGACGAUCCAACCCGGGAUUCCAAUGGAUCCGUUCUCCGUAAAGGCGCCGAAGACCAAGUGGCGAAUACACUCCUGGGGGCCAGAGCAGCAAGACAACCUGAGGUACUGCUAGCUUGGUCCGCUCCAGAUGAAAAGUCCCUGGAAGGCGUAGGCCAGAGCUACAACGAGUACGAUCUGGAGGCUAUGGCGUUCACACUGGCGACCCGCAGAAGCCAGUUUCUUUGGCGAACGUUCUCAGUUGUGGAUCGGGAACACUCUCCUCAACUCACAGGUUUUCCAAUGGCAAAGGCAGGCCGAGCAUCCAGCAGAGCAGCCAUCGCUUUCGUCUUCACUGGCCAGGGAGCUCAAUAUGUCCAAAUGGGUAUGGGCCUAAUCCAACAUCCCAUAUUCCACGAGACGAUGAGGAAAAUGGAUCUCAUAUAUCUCAGCCUUGGUUGCAGCUGGUCGAUCUUUGGUGAGCUUCGAAAAGUCGACACAAUUCACAGGCCUGAUGUCAGCCAACCUUUGUGCACGGCGCUCCAAGUCUCGUUGGUUGACUUAUUGGGGAGCCUGGGUGUAGUCCCGAAGGUGGUCGUUGGGCACUCUUCCGGGGAGAUUUCAGCAGCAUACACGAUCGGCGCCCUCUCUCUUGAGUCCGUGUGCAAGGUGUCUUAUUGCCGUGGGCAGGUGGCUGAGAAGGUUCGUGGGGCAUCAGCAUCCUGCCCCGGUGCCAUGAUGUCUGUGAAUAUUGCCCAUGAUCAAAGCAACGGGUACUUGGACAUAGAAGGGUACUCCGGAAUGACCAAUAUUCAGGUCGCUUGCAUUAACAGCCCGCUCAACACAACUCUUUCGGGAAAAGAGGAUGCCAUUGACAGCCUCAAAGAAAGGCUAGACAGAGACGGAGUCUUUGCUCAGAAGUUGAAGAAAGGAGUGGCGUAUCAUUCGUCGGCAAUGCAGUCUAUUGCGGACGAGUAUGCAUCGCUUAUGGGCUCGCUUGAUACGGGACGAUCGAGCGCUCAUCCGACAAUCCCAAUGGUUUCGUCUGUCUCUGGUUCUGCACUCAACCCAGAGACCCUCACGAAGACUCAAUACUGGAUUGACAACAUGGUAAUGCCCGUGAGGUUCUUGGAUGCUGUACAGAACGUCUUGCAGGUUGUCCCCACGAUCUCCGACUUCGUUGAGGUUGGCGCCCAUUCGGCCUUGCGAAGACCGGUGCAGGACAUUCUGAGCGGUUUCGCUAACAAAGAAGGGGCUGAUAUCAGUCCUGGACAGAUCAAAAUCUGCAUCGCGCUCUAUCCUGGAGGCAACCAGCAAGACCCAGGCGAUAGACCACUCCCGAUUCUUCUCGAUGGUCCAGCAUACUCCUUCGAUCACUCAAGAGUGUACUGGGCCGAAUCGAGGUUCAGUACCGACUACAGAUUACGCAAGCCAGCUUCAAGCGAUAUCCUAGGCUUACCUGUAUCCGAUUGGAAUCCUUUGUGGCCUAAAUGGCGAAGUUGCGCGAGCAUCGAGACUGCGCCACGGUUACGUGACCAUGAAUGGUUGACAGGCGAACUCCAGGUGUCUGGUACCAUUCUCUUUCCCGGAAUGGGCAUGCUAGUUAUGGCACUUGAAGCAAUCAAACAGAGUUGUCCUUCGAUGCGGUUGAUCACCGGCUACCAGGUGAAGGAAGCCAACUUCUUGGCGCCAGCUAUCAUCCCCGAUACGCCCUCUGAGCACACGGAAAUGGUGACUGAGUCACGAAAGCAAUGGUCUGAAUGCUUUCGUGGGAAGAUUCGGGUUCAGUACGAAGAUUUCACCGAGUCCAUGUAUCACGGUAUUGAGACCUUCCUGGCCCACGCCGAGAUUUUGGGGGACUACGAGGAUGCCACGCGCACUUGCAAGAAGCAAAUCAAUCGCCAGACAUUCUACAAGCACUGUGCAGAUCAAGGAAUCAAAUACGGGGACUUCUUUACCCUGCUCGACAGCAUCUGCUGGGACGGCAAGAAGCUGGCAAUUGCUCGAGUGGAUAUAUCUGAUGGGAAGCAUGGAUCCACAAACCUGGUCCACCCUGCUAUACUGGACUCCGCCGUACAGUCACUCUACCGGAUGGCAGCACUCUCAGACUUCGACGUGGAUGACAGUGGCUCAAUCUUGUGUGAGAUGAAAAGGUUCAUCUUGAAGCCAAUAGGGAACAAUGGUAUCGAGCAGCCUAUCAAUACCCAGAGGCUGCUUUACGGCAUCAACUGGAAGCCACAGCUCAGUCUCCUGGAUGCGACGCAGCUACGCCACCUUUGCCAUGCCGAGUCCUUUGAGAAGGACGACACAGCCAUGGAACUCUACCGUCAGAAGCUCGAUGUUGCCUUGGAUCAGGUCAUACACAGGACCAUCAGGCUACUCACCGACAAGGACCAGGGCCAAGAUAGUGACGACCUUGAGCCUAUACUCGAAGAAUUGGAGAGACUUUAUCCGCCAUUUCAGAUCUUCCCGGUUGUAGUCCGCAAUCUUCGACCCAUUCUCUUGGGAGAGACGAACCCCUUAUCCCUUGUGUUCGACACGGGCUUGGCUGAACGACUUUACGCGGACAUAUUUGACAACAUCUCCGACCACAGGUUCACGGCCCUCCUGCAGUUAUUAGUGCACGAAAAACCCAACCUAAAGAUCCUCGAGGUGGGCGCUAGCACUAGUGGAUGGACCAAGCGCGUGCUGUCCACAUUCGAUGCAUUUGAAAGAGAGACCGGGGCGAACACCUUUUCUGAGUACGUGUACUCAGAUAUAUCAGAUGCGUUCUUCUUGAAGGCUUCUCAGCAGUUCCAAGAAUUCGAAGGACGUCUCCGCUUCAAGACCCUCGAUCUGGAGCAGCCUGCAGCUUGUCAAGGGUUUCAACUUGGCUCGUACGACUUGGUCAUUGCCGGCAGCGUCCUACAUGCAACAUCAGACUUGACAGCAACCAUUCGGAACGUCAGAAGCUUACUGAAGCCAGGUGGCAAGCUCCUCAACAUUGAGAUCACCUCACCGCAGAAAUUAGAGACCAACUUUGCCUUCGGUUUAUUGCCUGGAUGGUGGCUUUCGUGCGAAUCGUACAGAUCCCUGUGCCCCGGCAUAGGCGAAUCACACUGGGAUCGACUUCUACGAGACAACCACUUCUCAGGUAAUGAUCUCGUCUUGCGCGAUCAUGAAACAAACAUCUGUCAUGCUUUCAGCCUCAUGGUAUCGACUGCCCAAAAUUCCAUCCUUCCAAGCGACUUGACCAACGGAGCCCCAAAUACGAACGUCCUGUUGCUUAUUGAUGCUCGAUCAAGCCGACAAGUAGAUUUAGCCAGAAUAAUCGAGCCCAAUCUUUCCGCUCCGUCGGGAUACGCGGUAAAGGUGCUACAAAUGGACAGUUCGGAUCUUUCCGACCUUGCAGCUUCACACACCGUGGUGUCCCUUCUCGAAAUCGACCGGCCCCUGCUUUCUGAAAUGGUAGACAGCGAGUUCGAAUCUCUGAAGGCCAUAACGAGACAACUACAUAAGUUGCUGUGGGUCACUUCGUGUAGUGUGCAGGAUGAGCAAUAUGCGCACUACGCGUUCAUGCAAGGACUGUUCAGGUCUCUGCGUUCCGAGGCGGCAGAAAAGCAAAUCGUAACACUUGCGAUCGAAUCCCUAGAGCCAGACCUGCCCACUGCAACCUGCGCCGAUUACAUCCUCAAAGUCUUCGACGCAUCCUCCCACGCAGAGACGCCAGAACUAGAGUAUAUUGUGCGAGAUGGCAUGAUUAGGACUGGACGGCUUGAAAGAGAUGCAAUCGUCAGCGAGAACGUACGGUCUUUGGCUUUGCCUAAGAUGAUGACCGAGCCGUCGUCUGAUGGCCCGGCCCUCAAGCUCGCGAUCGCUACCCCGGGUCUUUUGAACACCCUUCGACUAAUUGAAGACACCUACCAUCAGGCCGAGCUAGGUCCAGAAGAAAUCGAGAUCGAAGCGAAGGCUUGGGGACUAUCAUUCAAGGAUAUCUUUGUCGCUCUCGGCCGCCUGGAAGGAGAUGAACUGGGCAUUGACUGUUCAGGAGUUGUGACGCGAGUUGGGUCUGAGUGCCACGGGAUCAUCGCGCCUGGAGACCGCGUGCCCAUGUGCUCUCUUGGCUGUAUGCGGACUUAUCCCCGCGCCCCAGCAUGCACCGUGGUCAAGAUCCCGGACUCCAUAUCCUUUGAAGCCGCAACUUCAAUCAUCAACGCCGGUAUUAUGGCGUAUUACUGUCUGAUUGAAAAAGCACGGCUUGGAAAGGGAGAGACAAUCUUGAUCCACGCAGCGGCUGGAAGCACGGGACAAAUGGCCUGGGCUCUUGAGGCAAAGCGGCAACUCAUGAUGGAACAAUUCGACAUUCCAGAGGACCAUAUAUUCUACAGCCGGAACCUUUCCUUCGCGGACGGUGUAAAGCGCAUGACGAAUAAUCGCGGUGUUGAUGUCGUGCUCAAUUCCUUGUCUGGAGACGGGCUUAUUGCUUCAUGGGAGUGUGUCACCCCAUUUGGUAGGUUCGUGGAAAUCGGAAAGGCCGAUAUCACUUCGAAUUCGCCUUUGCCGAUGACGGGCUUUGCUAGGAACAUAAGCUUCCACGCUGCAGACCUAUGGCAUGUAGCACAGUCAUCGUCGGAGCUCUGCGGCGAACUGUUUAGGGGCAUCAUGAACCUAAUCACUCAAGGCUUGAUCCAGCCUCCGGCACCUCUAUGCUUGUAUCCCGUUGCAGAAGUCGAAAAGGCCCUUAGGUUUGUGCAGAGCGGAAAGAACACUGGGAGGACUAUCAUCACUAUCGAUCCUUCCGAGAAGGUCCAGAAAGGGGCCAGAAACCUGAUCGUCCUCUCACGUUCUGGGCCGUCGUCCGAGAUGGCUACAGAAAUCAUGACAGAGCUCAGCAAACAUGGCGUCAACAUUGCCGCGCCAAAGUAUGAUGUUUCAUCGAUCAAGUCUCUCUCCGAUGCCCUAUCUAAAUAUGGGGUAGAUUCACUGAUGGCUGUGGAGUUGCGCAACUGGAUUGGUACGGACUUCAAGGCUCAAGUAGCCGUCUUUGACAUCAUGGGUGGCGGUACAGUCAUAUUCGACAUCGGUGACUUGGUCCUUAGCAGGAGUCAGUUGGUUGGGGUGAAGGCUGAGUAA